AUGGUGUUUAUUCUAACUCUAGAACAAGCUUAAAUAUCUAUGAAAAUUGAUAAACCAAGUUAUUUUCCUGGAGAUAUUAUAAAAGGAGUCAUAUACAUAAAAGUAAAGACAAAAGAUAUAAAUGCUGGUAUAAUGAACUUAAAAGUAAAAAUUGAUAAUAAAAUAUUUUAGCUUUGUGGCCAAGAAAAAGUAAAUCAAUUAGAUUAACAGAAUUAGUUUUUCAGUUUCAAAUAGUUUAUUUAUAAAAAAUAAAAGAAAAUCACUGAUUUUGGAAAGUAUCGAAAAAUUAAAGUAAUAGGAAAAUGCCAAUCAUAGCAUGCAGAAAAUACUUUGAAAUUGAGGUUCCAAAUAUAUCACCCAGUUUUACAAUAAACUAUUAUAAGAUGGUACAAUGCAGAAUCUUAUAUUUUCUCUCAGUUACUAUUUAAAGUGAAGAUGAAAAAUAUUUAUAUAAGCCUCCAAAGAAACAUAGAAUAGUGAUACACAUCCUUUAAAAACCUCAAAUUCAACCUAAUUUAUCAUUAGAACAUAUUGGGGAAUCAAAGAUUACCAAAAGAUGUUGCUUUUCAAGUGGAGUAAUAUUUUUAAAUGUAUCAUAGACCACAAAAGUUAUGAUAUAACUAAAUAAACCUUCAUAUGUAUUUGGAGAAAAUAUUGAUUUAGUUAUGCAAGUUAAUAAUAGUUAAUCCAAUUACCAUAUUCAAAAUUUCAAAUUUUCCAUUUCAGCAUAAUUAGUAAUUUUGUAUAAAUAGUAAAAACGCAAACUCUCUAACUAUUUUGAUAUAUUUGAUUAAGAAUUAAUUUGUAAAAAUUCAACUAUAUGUUAGAGUAAGUUGAUGCUGGUGAUUAAAAGGAAAUUAAAGUCACUUUGAAUUUACCUUAGGGCAAGCCAGCAAAAAAUUAUAAUUCAAUUUUUCCUUAAAGUUCUAUUAAAACUAAAAGAAUUAUAUUUUAAUAUAUACUGACACUUAAAAUUAUUUUUGGCAAAAGAUUAUUUUUAAGUUAAGAAGAUUUAAUAAUUCCUAUUCCAUUAAUAUUAAUAUAGAAUUAAAAAAGAGAAAAAGACAAUAUAUGUUAAUCAAUGGAUAAUAUUAGUAUGAUUGGAUCUGUAUUUGAAACUAAUUAAAAAAUAAGUUAAAGUAUAUUAAAGAAGUUCAUUUUUGGAGAUCAUAAUUGUUCAGGUUAUGGUGAAUAAGAUGGGUAUGAAGGGCCUGAGAGAAAAUAUCAACCUAUUGAGAGUUUAGAUGAGAAGGCUUUAAAAGACUUAAAAGGAGCAUUAGAGUAAUUGAUGUUUAAGAAAUAAUAUGAAAUCGAUGGUAGCGAUGAUGAAGAUAAGUUAAUUGAAGAAAUUGAUGGAGUGAAUCUAAAUAAUGUUAGUAUAAAUAUUGAUCAAUCUGAAAAAUAAUAAUAACCAAAAACUAUUUUUCAACAAAACAAUAAAAAUGAUAUCUUUUUCCCCAAUCAAAACAUAGAAGAAGCUAAGUUAGAUAAUGGUAUAUAGGACCAAUUAUAGACAAUUAAAGAAGAAUAAGAUAGCAAAGGAACUUAAUAUAAUCUAAAUAAUGCUCUCUCUUCUUCAUAAAUAAGAAAGAAUUAAUAAGGAGAAGAUAAUGAAGAAUAACAAAAUUUGUAAUUUUAACAAUAAUCUUUUCCAUUUGAAGCUUUUGGUUCAUUCUAAAAAGUUAUUGUUAAAAAUGAAGGAUAGGAUCAAGUAAAAAUGAAUACUGAGGAAAAGGAUAACUUAAAAAAACCAACUAUCUUAAAAUAAAAUAGAUCAUUAAACAAUUCAAUUGAUCAGAUUGAUUAAAAAGAAUAAAAGUAAUUUAGAGUACAAUUUAAUGAUGCUACAUCAGUUGAUACUUUAGAUGGUAAGACUGGUGAAAGAUUAAGCACUUAAUGUAGAAAAAAUGAAACCUAAUUGAAAUAAAUUUGA